AUGGUAGUUCCUGCAGUUUUUGACGGGAAGCAUCUGAUUGUGUACGCUCUUCUGACAGAAGAUGCUCACGUGCCAAAAUGGGCUGAAGUUAUUGAAAAAUCUCCUGUGGGUCCCCUAACGUUGAAAGUCCAUUUGAACGAAUCCAAUUCAGAGGAAGGACAACUUAUUCAUUGUUUAGCGGCAAAGAAAUUGAUCCAGGCCCGACAAGACAGUGAAGGGGAUCCCGAUUCGAUUGAAGAUUCCAAGUCGACUGAGACUAAACAAGAAAUUAUUCAACUAGGCUGUCAAUACGGUUUGGCGUCUCGAUACACUUCUUAUGUUGCCGUUGAUCCCAAAGAGCAGAAGGAACUGAAGGAAUCCUGGAUGAUGAUGAAGUCGCGUGACGUUCCUGUUCAGUUAGCUCACGCUUGCGGUGGUUAUCAAGCCCUUGGAGCUUCUUCAGGUGUUUGUGACGUGGCUAUGGGCAUUCCUGAUGAUUCCUGCUCAGAUUACACUGAGCAUGUGGACUGUGAAGUCGACGACUACAGUGUUGAUGACAUCCAGUUUACACUCAGUCCGUCUGAGGGAACUGAAAAUGAAACUAGCAACACAGACGACGACAAGUUGCUGAAACUCAUUACAUGCCAAAAUUUCGAUGGGUCGUUUAAAUUGGAAUCGGCGUUGGCUGAGCUUCUCCACACAACAUUGGAGGACAUCAAACAAGCCGCAGAAAAGAAUUCGUACUCUGAACAAGUUUGGGCAACCGCUGUCGCUCUGGCGUUCAUGGGUAUCGCCCUAGCUGAUCUGCAGACCACAUGGAUGUUGGUAGCCAAGAAAGCUGAAAAUUGGAUCCGCUCGUCUGGCAAACUGAAUGGAGACGAAACCGCAUGCACAAGCGCAGCCCAGGAAUACGUCAAAGCCAAAUUAAGUUUGUUAAUCCUGCGUCUUUGACAGCAACAUUGAAAUCCAGCCAUGCAACUACAGCACAAAUAUUAUUCAGCAUUUUGUGUGAUUUGUUCAUCCUAUCUACAGUGUGAUAAUUUAAUUUAUGAUUUUCUGUAAUCUAUUCACGUCAAUUGCUUUUCACUGUUAAAUUGGGAUACAACGAAAUACAAACCAAGUUAUAAAUAU